AUGACUGUUCCUCCAGUAUACAUCGUUUCCACUGCUCGUACCCCAAUCGGGUCAUUCCAAGGUGGUUUGUCUUCAUUGAGCUACCCUGAAUUGGGUGCCCACGCCGUCAAAGCUGCUUUGGCUAAAGUCCCACAAAUCAAACCAGAAAAUGUCGACGAAAUCGUUUUUGGUGGAGUUUUACAAGCCAAUGUUGGUCAAGCACCAGCAAGACAAGUUGCUUUGAAAGCUGGUUUACCAGAAACUAUUGUUGCUUCUACUAUUAACAAAGUUUGUGCUUCAGGUAUGAAAGCAACCAUUAUUGGGGCUCAAAACAUCAUCACUGGAAGCAGUGAUAUUGUUAUUGUUGGUGGCGCUGAGUCUAUGAGCAACACGCCAUACUACUUGCCAACUGGAAGAAGCGGUGCCAGAUACGGUGAUGCAUCCAUCGUUGAUGGUAUUCAAAAGGAUGGGUUAUUGGAUGUUUACAGUUCCAAAUUGAUGGGUGUUGCUGCUGAGAAAUGUGCCAAGGAUUAUUCAAUCUCCAGAGAAGAACAAGAUGCAUUUGCCAUCAAUUCGUAUAAAAAGGCUGCUGAUGCUACUGCAAAGGGAAAGUUCAGUAAUGAAAUUAGUCCAAUCACCAUAAAGGGCGUCAGAGGUAAGCCAGAUAUAACUAUUAGCGAAGAUGAGGAAGUGAAAAACUUUAAUGAAGCUAAGGUCAAAUCUGCCAGAACAGUGUUCCAAAAGGAAAACGGUACCGUUACUGCACCAAAUGCAUCCAAAUUGAACGACGGUGGUGCAGCUUUGAUUUUGGUUUCUGAAGCCAAGUUGAAAGAAUUGGGAUUGAAACCAUUGGCCAAGAUUGUCGGUUGGGGUGAAGCUGCUAGGGCUCCAAUUGAUUUCACCACUGCUCCAUCGUUGGCUAUUCCAAAGGCUUUGAAGCAUGCCAGCAUUUCACAAGACAAGGUUGAUUUCUUUGAAUUAAAUGAAGCGUUCUCAGUUGUUGGCUUAGCCAAUACUAAACUUUGUAACCUUCCAGAAGAGAAAGUUAAUGCUUAUGGUGGUGCUGUUGCUAUGGGUCACCCAUUGGGAUGUUCUGGUGCUAGAAUCAUCAUCACCUUGAUUUCUGUAUUGUCACAAGAGGGUGGUAAGAUUGGAUGUGCUGGUGUUUGUAAUGGUGGUGGUGGUGCUUCAUCCAUCGUUAUUGAAAGGGUUGAGCACGAUACCAAAUUAUAG